GUAAAUUUUCCAAUGGGUAGUUCUUUCGGCAUUUCUGUAUCAUCUGUUAGAGGCAGGAAAAAGUCGUGUAGAGCCAAGGUCGUUGUGACGUUUAUUUGCUUUCGCCUAUAUAAUUUGACGAAGGUCAUCAAGAUGAAGGACAUUUUGGUCCUGGCGCUUUGCUUUUCCGGCAUGGUUGUUUCUUUGUCGUGGUUGUGGAGCGGGUAGUACACAGUUAUAACUGCGCGAAGCGAUCAUCCUUGGCUUUCUUCUAGCACCCGUUCGACAUCCGAUCUACUUGUUCAACGCCUACCGAUAAAUAUGUAAAAAUUCUUUUUCAACGUACAUCCUUCCCGCCUUGGAGACGAAGCACAUCAUUUGCUUUGGCGACCACAGCCGAAACAGGAGUUGUGCAAGAAGAGAAUGACUUCACACCUUGAUUAGUCUUUCUCCUACUUCCAGUACGAGAACAACCUUAUUACACGUUGAAGGAACACCGACCGAAGCAUGCAGUAUCUCCGCUCUGCACUGGGCCAGGUGCUCAGCAGCGGCGGCUCGGUAGGGUCCUCUGGAGGUGGUGGGGAUUAUGGUGCGGAUAUUUCCCACCAGCCCACCAGCAGCUCCUCGUCUUCUUCCGCGAAACCCAAAAACACCACCACGCCGGCAAAGCUGGCGAAGUACAUAAAACUCCUGCAACCGCUGGGGCUUUUCGAAGAGCACAAGGAGCGCUACGCAGACUUGAUUCGCAAGGGCUCGGUGGAGGAGGAGAUGUUCAAUAUCACGGGAAACGACAUGAUGAACAUGAAUCUGAUAUGGCAAGGAAAAAUCUCCCCUCCCCAUAUUCAGAACGCAGCCUUCUGAGAAUUUGUGAUGCAGAUUUGUGGCCACAAAUCCUGUCUGUCUUGCAAGAAUGCAAAGCCAGAGAGUCCGCCGCGUUAUAGAGGCGAUUUGUAAUGCCGUAGGGCCUCCGGGGCAGAUGUCUGCCAUGCUAACUUCCUACACCAGAUGAAGACCCCUGCCCAGGCUUAGCAUCUGCGUGCAGUGCUCUACUGCAAGACAGAUCCGACUUGUGUACACAAAUCCCGCGUCACAGAUUUCCGUUUUGAUAUGGGGACGGGGGAUGUUUCAUUUUGAUAUUUCAUCCUCUCACGCAUCGUUGACCUCCGAGAGCUGUCCAAGCUGCUCUGGUCGGGGGCACCGGGAGAGUAUCCACACCUGCGGGCAAUAACCUGGCGGCUCCUGCUCGGGAUAGCCCCCAACGCGAAAGACAGGUAAGCACGUCGAACGAGAAUCAUUUCUAAAAGGCUCUGACGAAGAAGAAAGGUAAAAACAGAUACAGAAGAAAAGUGAUACGAUAUUGUUUUCAACAUAUGUCAUGACUUACACAAAAAUCGCAAUUAUAGGCACCUCUCUACACUUGCGCGGAAGCGUCGCGAAUACCACGAGCUGUGUCGGUAUGAAGCGGAAAAAAUAAAUCUCAAGUCGUGCUACUGGGGUAAGUAAGUACAACUGGAUGUUGUGAAACAAUGCGAACAAUUGAGACGACACUAGUCUUUUUGCAGCAAUGUCCGCAGAAAGCCACGCUUUCGAGCGGGGUCCUGGUGUACGUGCUGUGAAAUAUGAUUUGGCUGAACUACCUCUGCUGCACAACUUUUCUUGUCUCUCUUCCAUACCAGACAGCACUGGCGGCCGAAUAUGUCGACUACGGCAGGCGAUGAGCAGCAGCUGAUCCGACAGAUUCGGGUCGACCUACCGCGGACGUCAGCAGGCGCGCUCCAGCCUUUGUUCCAGGAGGAAAAGAUCCACGCCAUGAUGGAGCGGAUCCUCUUCGUUUGGGCCUUGCGGCACCCGGGCUGCGGCUACGUGCAGGGCAUCAACGACCUGCUCACGCCCUUUCUGGUCGUUUUUCUGGCCGAGAAGGAAGAGGUAUCACAGUGCACAACUCGUCGUGGUCCUCUUCACUUAAAGUUGUACAUGAGCAGAAAGAAAAGCUGCGCCGGGAGAAGCGUGGCUUCCGCAUGACGAAUAUUCAGCACACGGAUUUUUGUGCGUGGUACUGUUUCAAGAAAAUUUAUUGCCAUGCAGAAGCAAGUGCAUAGAAGAGGCAGACGUGGUAUUUUGCAUCCCAAAUGUUGAGGGGGAGGGGGAGUUGUGCACGCUCAUAAGAGGCCGCGCUAAGCAGCAGCGGGAGCAGGGCCGCGAGUAACAGCGCUGCUCACCUCCAGGGUCCCUCGGAGGGAGACCUCCAGGCGGGACUGUCCAGAAGCAGGAGACAGACGAAGUCGGUCGAUUACGAGCAGCUGCGCAUCGAUUCCUUUACGGACGAAGAGCUCGCGGAUGUAGAGGCCGACAGCUUUUUGUGUCUACUAGGCAAAGGAAGAAAUUUGUCGUAAAGUAAAAGUACCAGAGAGAGGAGUCAGUCAGCGAAAAUAGAGCUUAAACGAUUGCUCUGCUGUCGUGGCAACAAGCAUCCAUGAACUAGCAGCUUUUGGAACAACUUUGAUUCAUCUCAUCUGGUGUCUACUAUCACCGAAGAUCAGGAAUGAAACUACAACCACUCCGUAGUUGGAGAAAACAACAGCGAAUGAAGUUCUUUCUGUCUUUCAUACUCCACGAAAAUGCUGGACUCCAUGCAAGACCACUACACGCCGAACCAGCCGGGAAUACAGCGCAUGAUGGCCGCACUGAAGACGCUUCUGAAGCGGACCAACAUGCAGCUGGCGUCACACUUGGAGGAGUUGCAGGUUGAGAUGCUGUAUGGAUGACAAAAAUAUCCGGGUCUGGAAGGGCGCUAAACUUUUGGUGCUGAACUGGCAUAUUAAGUACCCCUGAAGGUGGCUGUAUUGCGUGAUCGUGCGGAAAAAUCGCGCUGGUGCUUUGUCAUGCAAACGCGCACCUUCGUUCUCAUGCACGUUAGCGUUACGGCGCACUACAGGUACAGAGUCGCUCAGAAAUUUCUCGUCCGUGACUGCGUACCGUUGUCAUGUUGUCAUUCAUGUACUAGCGUGAGCUCUCGUUUCCAGACCCAGAUGUAUUUGCAUUUGAGAUGCUCCAGGUGUCGUUCCGCUGGUUCAACUGUCUGCUCGCACGGGAGAUACCGAUCGAGUGCGUAAUCAGGCUCUGGGACACGUACUUGUUUUUUGAUUUGGUUUGAGGAACAUCCAGGAAAAAAGAUGUUGGCGUCACUUUUACUUUCGCUGCCGUGGAAGUGAAACAGUUAUUUUAACAUGAAACCACAGCUACAUCGCGGAACUGCACGACCGGCCGUCAGAUUUCGAUCAGUUUCUGACGUUCUUCGUCAUGAGUUUUCUGAAUCAUUUACGGACACGGAAAAAGCAUGAAAAUAAGCGUCCCGUCAGUUUCUUAUGCACUGCACUUACUCGAUAGCCUUGAGUAGAGAAGGGAAAGCAGUGUUAUGUCAUGAAUUUGGCGAAUCGCUUCGCAGACAUCAAAAACGCUUUUGAUAAAAAAACUCGGGCCAGUGCUUUAUCUGCAGUUUUCUGUGUCAUUAUUGUGGGAGAAAGAGCUCAUACACGACUGCGCGGAGUUUCAGCAGGUCAUCAUGUUUUUGCAAAAGCUGCCGACCGAUAAUUGGCAGGUCUGGAACCUGGAGCUGCUGCUUACCAACUGUCACAUCCUAAGUGCCAAGUUCGCAGGCGCGCAUGAGAAGGCGGAACUGAUGAAGUCUUUGAGGAUCAAUCAAACGUGAAUUUUACGCGACUUGAUUACAUGUCGACUCAGAAAUAAGCUGGACUCCAUCACCUG